GACGGAGGCAACUGAAGUCGACAUUAUUUUGCACUGGAUUUAGUGUGUAAUAAUCAUGCCAUUUUCAUAAUAGACUUUCAACCUCAUAAUACUCAAGUAAUACGAAAUUCGUAAAAGUGAGUAAAGUUAGUAUUGUUAGUUAGCCAAACAUACUUAAGGAGUAAAUAAGGUAGGAACCAAGACUACGAAUUGGGAUUUGUUUCCAGACGUACGGCGAGCUAUUUCUAUGGUAACCAGAGAAGCCAAAACGCCUUACAACUAGUUGGAAGGAUUGUCAGCCGUUGUACAAUUUGGAAGGACUGAGCAUGGCUAUAAAACUGGACCAAAAGGAUUUGCUUCAGCAUGUGAAUCAGUUUUGGUCAAUGCUAGAUGAGAUGUCCGAAUCAAACCCAGAGGCUUAUCGGAAAUUUAUAAGGCACAAUAUGGAGGAGGGCAUUGAACACUGUGCCCCACCUUGCCCACACACCUGUGUACGAACCAAAAUUAUGGAACCUGAAGAAGACAUCUUGUACAUCAAUCUGUGUACGUGGAACAGAGUGCCACCUCCCAGCUCUGACCUUGAACCUGUGCCCCUAAGAGCAGGACAGUUAGAAAAAGUAACAGAGGAAAAUGAGGUCUACUGGUUGAUUAGCAUUGCUUAUAACCCAAAUGUCCUGCAGCAAGGUGAGCAAGAUCAUGCUGUUAUGGAGCAGCUGAUUGGCUUUGCGAUGAAGUGUACUGAACAGCACCAUGGAUUACAUUUGUCCAAGUCCUACUCCAUGACAGAGGUCAAGCUGAAAGGAACCAGUAGAAGAAUGAAAGACAGUCUAAUGAACUCCACGCUGCCCACCCCAACUCAUCUGGAUAUUAAAAGCAUAGGACAGCAGAAGUCUCUGGAUCAGCAGAUCAGAACUCUUACACUUGGAGAUGAACCGGAGCCCAUUUGUUCUUUACCUUUUUUCGGUCAACAGCUGGAAAAUCCCAAGAAAACUGGACUCAUUGAGGUGAUUUCUAGCACAAAUUUCGACAUGGAGCUACCACAGACUCCCAAAUAUCAUCUGUCUACAGUUAAAAAUAAAAAUAAUGUAGAAGAGAAAAUUGUACUGAGCGUGGAACUUCCGGGGGUACAUUCAGUCUCAGAAUGUGACCUCAGCAUUUCACAGGAUGAUGUAUUGAUUGAAGUGCAAGACAAAUAUUUCCUUCAUCUGGACCUUAGUAGGAAAAUCAAUGAUGAGUCCGCAUCAGCAAAAUUCAACAAGCGGACUCAAGUGCUGUUGGUGACUCUGUCCAUACAAGAAUAAUGAAAGAUACGUUAUGGCUGUGCACAGCACAAAAUAAAGAUUUGAGAUAUUUGGAAGACUGUCAUUUCAACCUUGACAUAAUAAAUUGAUCAGAGUCACUGAUAAAGACAUCAGGUCUGGACAUAAAGAGUUGUAUUGCACGUCC